GCGUAAACUUGGCGUGGCUACGUCAGCGCCUUGAACCCGGGCUUAAGCUCUGUUCCUCUCUUGCUGCCUCGACCACUCGCAAUUGGCAUCACACAUAGAUGGCUGGCCUUCUCUCUACCAUCGUCAGCGGCGCAACGGGCGCUUUCGGCACCGUCACCUCAGGAGCUGCUAGUGUUGGCACAGUCGUCGCAUCCGGAGCACAGUCUGUUGCCACAGGUGUUGCCAGUACGGUGACUUCAGGCGCUGGCAGCGUUGGCACAGUUGUGGCGACGGGCGCCCAAUCCGUCGCUACGGGUGUGGCUAGCACCGUCACUUCGGGCGCAGGCAGUGUGGGAACAGUGAUUGCCACUGGAGCCACAUCCGCAGGUGGUACUGUGACAUCAGCAGUCACUACUUCGGGAGCAGUCGACCUCAUCGGCCACAAUGCUCUCGUGGGCAUCUCUGUGGCCGUACUGGCAGCCAUCGCCGGCGCAGGACUCGCAUUGGCAUAGAACUCCCAGCACACAACCUGAUACCCUCGAAUAACACUCAUACUCACAGUCAUAACUCAUAUGUAUAGCGUUGCAC